CCACCCCACCCCCAUCCCUCCCCAGUACCAUUCGUCUCCAUACCGAAUCGAGAAUGACGUCUCUAACCGGGACAGCACCGCGGAUGAUGCGCCCGAGUCCAGGCCAAAGCUACAACAGGACCGGUUUCCCUCUGGAAGUGUCCACUCCUCUGGGCCAAGGGAGAGUAAAUCAGCUCGGCGGCGUUUUUAUAAACGGCAGGCCACUACCAAACCACAUCCGACACAAAAUCGUGGAGAUGGCCCAUCACGGUAUCCGGCCCUGUGUCAUCUCCCGGCAGCUGCGGGUCUCUCACGGCUGUGUAUCGAAAAUCCUGUGUCGCUAUCAAGAAACUGGCUCGAUCCGACCCGGGGCUAUCGGAGGGAGCAAGCCCAGGCAGGUAGCAACGCCCGAUGUGGAGAAAAAGAUCGAGGAAUACAAGAGAGAAAACCCUGGGAUGUUUAGUUGGGAGAUCAGGGACAAACUACUCAAGGACGGCAUCUGUGACAGGAGCACUGUACCUUCAGUGAGCUCCAUCAGUCGGGUGUUAAGAGCCAAGUUUGGAAAGAGAGAUGAUGACGAAGAAAUGGAGAAAAAGGAGGAAGAAGGGGGAAGAAAGACUAAACAUAGUAUUGAUGGAAUCCUCGGGGAGAAAGGCAAUCGCUUGGAUGACGGGACCUCGGACGUGGAAUCAGAGCCUGAUCUCCCACUGAAACGAAAGCAACGUCGCAGUCGCACCACGUUUACUGCAGAGCAGCUGGAGGAGUUGGAGAAAGCCUUUGAGAGGACCCACUACCCAGAUAUCUACACCAGAGAGGAGUUAGCCCAGAGAACGAAACUCACAGAGGCACGAGUCCAGGUCUGGUUCAGUAAUCGCCGAGCUCGGUGGCGUAAACAAGCCGGAGCUAAUCAGUUGGCAGCGUUCAACCACCUAUUGCCAGGUGGAUUCCCACCCACUGGAAUGCCAACCUUGCCCCCGUACCAGUUGCCUGAGUCAUCAUAUCCAACAACUACUCUUUCCCAAGAUGGAGGGAGCACUGUCCACAGGCCACAGCCUCUCCCACCCUCAUCUAUGCACCAGAGUGGCCUGGCAGCUGCAGCAGAGAGUGGCUCAUAUGGUUUAACGUCCAAUCGACACACCUUCUCCAGCUACCCCGACAGCUUCAUGAACGCGACAGGACCUAACAACCCCAUGAACCAGGUCAGCAAUGGACUCUCUCCACAGGUCAGCCUUCACGCAGUCACUAUCCUGAACAUCUGUCUGGACAGCUAGUCAUCAUUAAACCCUCCCACUAUGUUUAAAACUCACCUACAAUCAAAUCAAUCUAUAAAAGUAGGGGCUUCAGGCUCAUUGACGUACACAGCAGAGUCAACGUUCAGUGCAAGCCUUUUCUAUCUCCAUCCCUGCCACAUCUGAAGUAAUUUAACCUAUUGGUACAGCCCGGACUUUGUAACAAGAUAAUGUGA